CUCCAACGUCUCAUUAACGCCGAUAAACAUACACGAGUGAAGCCCUCUCUCUUCACGCGCACGCACCCAAGCGCCUGUUGUUUCAACUUUCAAUCCUCUUCAACAUCAGUCGCUCUUCCACAUUUAUCCACACGCGACCCCAUCAGCAUCCACAAGUAUCCAUUUGUUCUCUCGUGUAAUUUCCUUAACUUUUGUGAUUGCAAUUUCGGGAAUUACUGUUCCUCUCUGCGAUCUGAUCUUUGCCGGUUCCGGUGACUUUUCUUUUACGAUUAGGGUUUAUUGAGAUACUAUCCGGAAUGGGUGGCCUGAGGAUAUUGUUCAUUAUUUGCUAUUAGGGUUUCAAUUUUCAAAAUAAAUUUUGGGAUUAGGGUUUUUGAGUUUUCCGAUUUCGGUCGCUGAUUUGAGAUUUGGGGAUUUCGAUUUUUAUUAGAGUAUUCGAAACUCGUUUUUUGGUUACUUAUCGGCGAUGCCUCGCAGUACUCGGCACAAAUCGAGUAAGCACAGUUCGAAGGAUGCAAGGGAUUUCUCGGAUUCCGAGAGAGAUUCAGGCGUCAAGGAUCGAAAGGACUCGACGAGAGAGAGUAGUGUCAGGGGGGCCUCGAAAGAGUUGACCUCUGGUGAGAAGCGAAAACUUGAUUCGAAGGAAAACAAGGAGUCUUUUGGGUCUGGAAACGGCGAGUUUUCGGAGGAAUAUGCUUCUUCCAAGCGGCGUAAGGAGAGACUCGAUGGCAGCGCGAACGACAGGUGGAAUGGUGGGGGCCAGGAUGACCGCGGGGAGAAGAAAUCUAAGCCUUCGAGUGAAUCAAGGGGUACUAAGAGGAGGGAUGAAAGUGUGCGAGUCUACGUUGACGGUGAGGAGUCAGGGAAGAAGAAUAGUGGAAAGAUUGAAGGGAAGCAUCGUGAAUCGAGUCGAAAGGAGGGGAAGGGGGAGGCGGAGUGGGAGAAGGACAGGGAAAGGAAAGGAAAAGAAGGGAAGAUUGAGCGGUUGGUUGAUGGUGAAGAUCACCAUAGCGUGACAAAGCAAGUUACUGAAAAAUCUGAGUCUUUUGCACGGGAUCAGUUACGAAGUCCUGAAAUGGAGAAUCAGUUUGAAAGGCGAAUUAAGAGAAAUAGAGAUGGUUCUGGUGAUGGGGACAAGCAUCAGGAUGAUAUUGGAGAUGUCAAUAGCAUACGCCAAUCUUCUAAGGAUGAUAUUACCAAGGACGAAAGAUCAAAGGAUGAAAAGCACAAGGAUGAAAGAUACAGAGAUAAACACCGAAAAGACAUGGACAAGAAUAACAGACAGCAAGAUGAGAAAGAUCAUGUGCAUAGUUGGCCAGAUGAAAAGUACCUGAGGGAUGGGAAAGAUACUACAGAACUAAGACAAAAGAAAUCUAAGACUCAAGAGAUGGACCGCAACAGGGAACAUGACGAUGAACGUGAUGAUCUUGACUAUAACAACUACCAUGAACGUGAUCGAGACCAUGACCGCGGUCGUGUCCGAGACCGAGGUCGCAAUCAUGACCGUGAGCGUGACCCUGACCAUGAUUAUGAUCGUGACAGGGAUCAAGAUCGAGAUAUUGAUCAUGAUGGAUCCCAUCUUGAUGACCAAGGUGCCAGACACAAAGAUAGCCGGGGCAAAAAGAGAUCUCCAGAUGAUCCUGAUGAUUAUAAUGAUAGAAAAUCUAGAGGUCUACGGGCUCCCUACCAUGACGCAGAAAAGAAAUCUUUAAGCAGUGGCAGAGUUGAACCAGACAGGGGAAGGUCUCACUCACGUCAAGCCUUUCAGGAGACUAUAGUCGGUGGCAGCAGGAGGAGGAGUUCCCCCAGUUCAAGUUCACAUGGAGUACCGGAUGAGUACAGGCAUUUUAAAUCUGAAGAUUCAAAGUAUAGAGAUGGUGGGACAGAACAGAGGUCCAGGCCAAAUUCUUCACAAGAUACGACUGGUUUUUCUGGGUCAUCAGGGAGAGUUUCUAAGUACAGAUCCUCUGAAAAACCUACGAAACCAGAUGAUGGGUACAAGGGAGAGUUCUCAGCAGAGAGGCCUUCUAGUUCCAAGGCAUCACCCAUCGGCUUGAGCAGAACUGGCGCUAGGCAAAGUCUUGACAUAGAAGAAUCAGGGCGGAGGAGCAGUUCUUCCAUGGGUGCAAGAGACAGCUCUGUAGCUGAGGACAGAUCUGGUCGUGAUUUGGCUUUGGCAGAUGGGUCUCCUCAGGCAGAUUCAUCAUUUUAUAGCAGAACCAGUCAGGGCAUAUCUUCUUCUUUUGUAACCCCACCAAUUACUUUCAGGGGGAGAGUUGGCAGCCCUUCUUUUUUGGGUUCACUUGAAGAAGAUACUCGAGUUGGUCAUGGAACCCGUUACAGAAGGAAUAGUGAUCCUAAUUUUGCAAGAGUGCCGGGAAAUGCUUGGAGGGGUCCCCCAAAUUGGUCUUCUCCGGUGCCAAAUGGCUUUAUUUCAUUCCAACAUGGGCCUCCUCAUGGAGGUUUUCAAACAGUGAUGCCACAUUUUUCAUCCCCACCUAUGUUUGGUGUCAGACCCUCUAUGGACAUUAACCCUUCAGGUAUUCCUUAUCCUUUUCCUGAUGCUGAUCAGUUUACUGGUCAUUUACGCCCACUUGGGUGGCAGAAUAUGAUGGAUGGCUCAGGGCCACCUCAUUUGCAUGGUUGGGAUGUCAGUAAUGGUGUCUACAGGGAUGAACCACACAUGUAUGGGGGCCCUAACUGGGACCAGAAUAGGCAUCAUGUGAAUGGUCGAGGGUGGGAAUCCAGUGGAGAUGUGUGGAAGGGACAGAACGAUGACGUGAGUAUGGAUUUGCCCGCAAUGUCCCAGGAAGAGGACCUUCCAAUGCGGUCAGUGGUGGAUGAUGUUCAUACCGGACAGGUGGGUCAGAAAUCACAAUACGAGAAUGAUCAUGGGACAGUAAAACCUACUGAAACGGCUUCUAUUGUCAUUUCUCCUUCUAAAGAGAUGCCUAAAUUCUCACCAGAAGUUACCCAUGAGAAAUCAUCUGUUACUACUAAAACAUCCAAUGAGGAUGGUGUUACUCGGUUUUGCCGUGCUUAUCUUUCCAAACUUGACAUUUCAACAGAACUUACUGAUCCAGAGUUGUAUGGCCAGUGUAUGACCCUAUUGAAUAUAGAACAGAAUGGAACAGCAGACAGAGAUAUUAAUAUGCUCGUCAGUUUGCAGGAUGAUGGGCGGGCAAUAUCCAAAAGUUCCAGUAGUUUUUUGGGAUUGAAACUUUUGCCUGUGGCAGAUGAUUCUGUUUUUCAGAGAGCCAUGGACUUCUACAAGAAGCAGAGGGUAAAUCUGAGAGCCUUGGAAACUGUUUGUGGUGAACCAUCAGAUAUUAUAUCAGCUUCCAAUCUGGAAAAAAUGGAAGAACCGGUUAAUAUUUGCAAUGUUGAGAUGGUGGAAGAGCCAAACUCAAUUUUAGAUACUUCAAUGGAGGAUGCACCAGAUCAGGAAAAAGCAGAAACUGUUGCAGCUGCUGUCCCUGAGGAUGAGUUGGAAGAGCCAGUUCCUAUUUAUGAUUCGGCAACGCUGGAAGUUCCUAAUCAGGAGAAAGCAGAAGCUGCUGCAGUGUCUGCUGAGGAUAAUCUGGAGGAGCGAGCUUCAACUCCUAGUCAGAUGGUGCAGGAUCAGGUCACACAUACCCUCCCAAACAAGAAGUUGGAAGUGUCGGGUGAUGGAAGUCCUGUGGAGCCUGUGCAAAACUUAAGCGGGGAAGGAGUGGAUGGGAUAACUUCUGAGGAAGCAGACAGAAAAGAUGCUAGGGGUGAUUUCAUGGUGACUUUUGAUAAUGCAUCAUGUGCUGCCCCCGUAUUGGUCACUGAUGGCAAAGGAAAUAAGGAGAUAAGCAAAGGGGAAGCUUCUGGUGACGCAGUGCUUCGCCAUUUACCUUUAUUUCUUUCUGAUGGUUCCCCUAACGCAUCUGGGGCAUUGUUGCCUGGAUCAAAUGAGUCGGUAAUUUUAAAUCAUAUACAUCAUUCACCUGAAAGUACACAUUGAAACAAUUUCUAAGUAUGUGCUUUUGGUUUAGUUAUUUAUGCUUUGUUCUCUUAUUUUGUUGCCUUGUCAUUUGAGUUAAUGAAAUUAAAAAAUAAAAUAAAAAUGAGGGCUCCUCUUUGGGCCCAUCAAGUUUUCUGCA